GAGAGAGAAUUUGAAAGAAUUAGUUGACAGUUGAGUCCCUCCAAAUUUAUCUAGCGUAGCCGCGUUAUUUGAAGUGCGCUUCCUCUCCCUCUCCGAUUCUCAUGCAACGCCUUCUCUCUCUCUCUCUUUCAAACCCAAAAUUCAAAAUUCAAUCUUUUUCUUUUGGGUAUCAUUCAAUUAUCUCCAUAGCUAACAAUCUGUAUGAAACUGCAACUUUCAUGCAAUUGCAGAGAUGUACUGUUUGAUGGAUGAUUUUACAAGGCAAUUUAGAUCAAUGUGGCACCAUGGGAGGUAAUGAAUUGUAUCUCUUAAUAGAGAUUUUAUGUGUAUAUUUGUUUUAUGUGUUCUGGAAUUGGCUAAGGAUUAAUUUAUUGGACUCUUGAGGGUUUAGAAUAAGGAUCUUUCUGAUUGCAUUUUGAGGUGAAGGUGGUAAAAUUCACGUCAAUGUGCUAUGCUAUAAGGCUGUUGUAAAGCCGCGAAAUUGUUGCGAUCAUGUUAAAAAGUUAUAAGGAUUUUGGAGGAGACAAGAGUUGACAUUUUUGUGCAGAUACAUAUGGUUAUAUAUAUUAAAGGAGAUAUAUCUCUUAAACAUGACAAGAGAGGCUCCUGGUAGUUCAAGCAAACUGUUAUUCGGAGAUAAAUUCGAGGUUUUAUACUGUGAUAAAGAUGUUGAAGAUGAAAAUGAAAAUGAUGUGUGUGUACAAACAGGUGAGGAAUUUUCAACCGAGUUCUUGCGUGAACGUGUAGCUCUUACAACAAGGAUAUCAGAUGAGAAUCAACUAACUCAAUUAGGCUAUAAUCAAUAUCACAAUAACCAUCGAAUGGUUCAUGAGAAUCUUCCCAGUGUUCGCGGGAUUCAGAGACAGGGCUCUGACUCUGAUGCUUUAGAUUUUCUUCCCAAGACAGGAAAUGUAGCUGAAGUAGAGGAUAGGGCUUAUUUUGAUCCUACAAGCAGAUGCAAAUUGGAAUACAGCCCCAGUGGACAAUGCCCUGAUAAAAGUACAGGCAAAGUGAAUUAUGAUCGAGUUAAUAUGGAGUCAACCACUCCCCAAAAACAUGCAGCGGAGUCCCCUCUGUCAAAUUAUCCUUUUGGAAGAGAAGUUUCCGGCAAUUCUUUUACAGGAAAAAUGAAACUUUUGUGCAGCUUUGGCGGUAGGAUUUUACCAAGGCCAAGUGAUGGAAAACUUAGGUACGUAGGCGGAGAGACACGGAUUAUAUCCAUCAGGAAAACUGUUACAUUAGAAGAACUAGCAAAGAAAACUAUGGCCAUUUGUAACCAACCGCACAUAAUAAAGUAUCAGCUUCCGGGCGAGGAUCUUGAUGCUCUUAUUUCUGUUUGUUCCUAUGAGGAUCUACGCCUUAUGAUAGAAGAAUAUCAAGAGCUAGAAUUUAAUGGGGGAUCACAAAGGCUGCGUAUAUUUCUUAUUUCUUCAGUUGAACCUGAUAGCCCUAAUUCCUUCGACGGAAUCACUCCGAAACAUAAUGAUGUUGAUUACCAGUAUGUUUUUGCUCUUAAUGGUGUGCCUGAUGUAAGUUCCCAAAAGAGCUCUAGCGGACACAGUUUGGCGAGCCAACCAAACCAGGUGGGAACUGCUUCAGAUAAUGGUCCAACAUUUCAUAGAGAGUCUCCUAAUUCAGUUCAUGCAUUAGAUAAUAAGGAUUAUAACACAACUUCCUCCAAUUUAGCGGGAGCAUUUCUGAAUCCCGCCGUUCAGUGUUUCACUCCGCUCCAGAUGCAAGGUACAUCUAUCAGUCAAUCCCCUCCUCUAUCACCACUUGGAAUUCAACAGGAUGACCAGGAGAAUUCCAAAAUACAACUUUACUGUGAUCAAUCACGUCCUGAGGGUAGUGAUGGCAUUACUACCUUUCCCAUGGAAAUUUUUCCCUUUGACAAUGCCUAUCAUCCCAAUGCCUCUGCAUAUUAUAACGGAAUUACUCAAGGGCCAAUAACAUUGAUGAACUACAAUCAGAAUCGGCCGUAUUUUCCAGAAUCUGAACAGAGUAAGCCAUCUGGACUGCACUUUCGUGCCCGUAGCCCUAGUGAAGAUUUUCUUCCGUUUCAACUUAAUGCUCAAAGUGAUAUGGCUUCAGACAGACCUAAGCUUAAAGAAAGGGCACAUUCUGACUCACAUUUGAAGGAACAUGAUGAUGGAUUUAAAUAUUACUUGGAAGAAGAAACUAAUCCUUUGAGCCCAUGGAAUAAUGAAAGUGAAAAACCGCCUUCACUUGCAUUGUCAAAUUGGUGGCAAGAGUUAACGAAUGAGAGACACCAAACAGCUAGUUCUGAUGGUGAAUGGAGCUUUACUAUUGAGAAUGGUGCCUUAAAGCAAGAGUUGCUGAAAAUGGUAGAUAUGGGAGUUGCUUCCAGCGACGAAGGAAGAAAAGAAUGCGAAGGAAACAUGUCAAAUGAUAACUUACACAUAUCAGAGCACCAGCGUAGCAUAGACCAUCCCCGUGAUUCACGAGAAUCUGGAAGAAUGCUUUCCAAUACUCAAGUGAAUGCUUUUGCAAAUUCUGUAAAUAAUUCAGGGGAGUAUUACCAGGCUCACCAAUCAGGCACAGCUAAACCUGCACCCGACCUGUUUUUGAGGAACGAAAAUGUUACCAAAGAUCAGCAGUAUGCCACAACAGAGAGAAAAAGUAGUCGGAAAAUUUCUGAUGAGUUUAAUGAUUAUAAUCCUCUACCUAUAAUAUCCUGUGAUCAAAAACUGAAAGUCCAGAAUUCAGCAUUUCAGAUUCAGAAAUCAGGCACAAGUACUGUUUCAAAUAGAGUGAUUUCUUGCUAUGAUGAAUACCCUGCGAAUUAUCCUGGAAACAAUUCCGAAAAUGUAACCAUCAUUAGGGAACAAUCUUUCAAAGAACUAAAGAUCAUAGAUGCUCUGCAGCAGUUAGACGAUCUCCAUAAAAAUAAGAUGUUGGAACCAGCUAUAAUUGUUGAAGAUGUUACUGGAACCACACCGCCAGAUGUUCCCUUGUCUUCAAGAAUAAUCCCACAUGUAGAAGAGGAGGCUUCUGAUGGAUUCCUGUCUCACUUUGAUACUGAGGUAGAAAGCACAGCUCGAGGAUCUGAAUCCGAGGAAGCAGAAGUUGAUGACAGAGAUACAGAUGAAUCUAUUACUGAUGCUGCAAUAGCUGAAAUAGAAGCAGGCAUCUACGGUUUGCAGAUCAUAAAGAACACUGAUAUAGAAGAGUUGCAAGAGUUAGGUUCCGGUACAUUUGGAACAGUUUAUUAUGGGAAGUGGAGGGGUACCGAUGUUGCUAUUAAGAGGAUUAAAAAGAGUUGUUUCUGUGGAAGAGCAUCACAGCAAGAGAAGCUGAUCAAAGACUUCUGGAGAGAAGCACAGAUCCUCUCCAAUCUUCACCAUCCAAAUGUGGUUGCAUCUUACGGUGUAGUCCCUGAUGGACCUGGUGGAACAAUGGCAACGGUAACUGAAUAUAUGGUGAAUGGAUCCUUGAGGCAUGCCUUGCAAAAGAAGGACAAAGUACUUGAUCGUCGAAAAAGGCUUAUAAUUGCAUUGGAUGCAGCUUUUGGCAUGGAAUAUCUACAUUUGAAGAAUAUUGUUCAUUUUGAUUUGAAGUGUGACAAUCUUCUUGUGAAUUUGAGGGAUUCGCACCGGCCCAUAUGCAAGGUUGGCGAUUUCGGAUUAUCGAGAAUCAAACGGAAUACACUAGUAUCCGGUGGGGUUCGUGGAACCCUUCCAUGGAUGGCACCAGAGUUACUUGAUGGCAACAGCAACCGGGUCUCCGAGAAGGUUGAUGUCUACUCAUUUGGUAUUGCAAUGUGGGAGAUCUUGACUGGGGAGGAGCCAUAUGCCAACAUGCAUUGUGGUGCUAUCAUAGGCGGAAUCGUAAGUAACAAACUGAGGCCGCCUAUACCGGAACAUUGCGAUCCUGAGUGGAGAAAGCUGAUGGAAGAAUGCUGGUCGUUCAAUCCAGAAAUCAGACCUUCAUUCACAGAAAUAACAAACAGGCUACGUGUCAUGUCGAUGGCCGUCCAACCCAGGCGACGAAAUCUUGCUACAAGAUGAGUCUACCGGUCGAGGAAAAAACAUACUAAUUUUUUACUUUACAUGUAAAGUUUAACUAGGAAAAUGUUUGUAAAGCUAUUAAGAUAUCUUUGGUGCAGAGAAAGAAAUCUUGUGAACAAACCAAAAAGAUUAAUUUAAUCCUUCAUUCUUUUA